GAUGGGACCGAACGGAGCCUUUGAAACUUUCUCAUCGCGCGAUAUCGCGCGACCAUGCUUCUGUCAAGAGCCGUUGCUCGAAGGUUUGAGAGACCAAGAAAAAGAAAGGAAGACUUUGAUCUGAAGAUACACAUCUUGCUUAUAAAUAGGAUCGAUGCCUGCCUUGAAGCCACUGCACUCGAAACUUUUGAAACAUUCUGGUGCCUAAAUCAAUACUGCCCUCAGGGAACUAGCAGUCCGUUCUCUAUUAGGAGAUUACAGGAUCUCUCGAGGUGAAUAAAUACUUGAGUAGGCUUAAUUAGGGCUGUGAUGGAGAAGAGAUUUCUGAAACUCAGGAACACUAGGUCACUGAACGAGGGAUGCAGCAAGUUAAGAUUUCGGAGAUCAAAACAAAACCGAAAACUAAAAGCAAACAUGGAAAGCUUAAGAGAAGACAUGGCGGAGAUAAGUGGACAGCAACGACGCAUCAAAGAUGGGCAAAUGGAACUCAGAAGGAGCUUCGAAGAGAUUGAAUCUCAAUGUGAUCAACUCAACAAGGAAACGUCUCUGAUAUUGCGACAAACUCUGUACAAUCAACAACGCCUCUGUCUUAUAUUCAAGAUCUUAAAAGCACGAGAAGACAACGACUUUGCCAUGGCCACCGAGCACACUCGAUUUCUCAGGGAACUGAUGAAGCAAAAUAUGGGAAGCAAUAUUUGACAUGAAUUUGCAGAUGCAGGUGAUGGAGUAAUAAAAAGAAGGGUUAAAAAUGAUUUUAGACCGUCGACGCCACCCAUUCUCUAUAUAGUUGGGAGAAUUUCAGUAAGUUUAGGUUUAAUUAAGAAGCAAAAGAUCAACGAGUUCUAUCAAAAUUCUCAUUAAUCAACAAGUAAAUUUCUUAAUUCUCUCUUUCAAAAAAGUUCAAGUUUCUUUUAUAUUUUCUUAAAUACAUUUUAUUAAAUAUGAAAUCAUAUAUUUUUUUAAUUAAUUGUUUUAUUUUUUAGGAAACUUAUAUGUAUAUAAUACCCUUAUUUGAUGUCCCCAUUUGUUCGAAAUCUUCACCAUUAUUUUUAAUGCUCUUUUUUUU